GGUAAGCCCAGCAGAACCCAAAGGACUCACUCCAUGGAGAGAUGCUCGGUGAUGAAGGCAGCCAACGGCUCCCAGGAUGGCUUGGAUUUCAACCCCAUGAAGGAUUACAUGAUUCUGAGCAGUCAGCAAAAGAUAGCUGUUGCCGUGUUGUGCACCCCACUGGGCCUGCUAAGCGCCCUGGAGAACCUGGCUGUGCUCUACCUGAUCCUGUCCUCCCGCCGGCUCCGCAGGAAGCCCUCAUACCUGUUCAUUAGCAGCCUGGCUGCCGCUGACUUCCUGGCCAGUGUAGUCUUUGCUUGCAACUUUGUAAAUUUCCACGUCUUUCAGGGCGUGGAUUCCAAGCCUGUCUUUCUGCUGAAGAUUGGCAGCGUGACCUUGACCUUCACAGCCUCUGUAGGCAGCCUGCUGCUGACCGCCAUCGACCGCUACCUCUGUCUGCGCUACCCACCUACAUACAAAGCCCUACUCACCCGUGGGAAGGCACUGGUGACCCUGGGCAUCAUGUGGGUCAUCUCAGCGUUGGUCUCCUACCUGCCCCUCAUGGGAUGGACUUGCUGUCCCAGUCCCUGCUCUGAGCUUUUCCCUCUGAUCCCCAAUAACUAUCUGCUGGGCUGGCUCCUGUUCAUCACCUUCCUCUUCUCUGGCAUCAUCUACACCUACGGGCACGUCCUCUGGAAGGCCCAUCAGCAUGCAGCCAGCCUGGCUGAGCACCAGGAUGGGCAGGUGCCAGGAAUGACCCGGAUGAGGCUGGAUGUGAGGUUGGCCAAGACCCUGGGGGUGGUGCUGGCUGUUCUCUUCAUAUGCUGGUUCCCGGCACUAGCCCUCAUGGCCUAUAGCCUGGCCACCCCUCUGAGUGACCAGGUCAAGAAGGUCUUUGCCUUUUGCUCCUUGCUCUGCCUUGUCAACUCCAUGGUCAACCCCAUCAUCUAUGCCCUGCGGAGUGGGGAGAUCCGCGCCUCUGCCCACCGCUGCCUGGCCUGCUGUCGGAAGCACCUGAGAGGCCUCGGGCCUGAAGGAAAAGAAGACGUCCCGAGGUCCUCAGUCAGCGAGACAGAGGCUGAUGGGAGAGUCACCCAGUGGGCAGAUUCCUGAGGUCUAUACUGCUCUGACUGCUGAUGCGGUCUCUUUGUUCAGAGUUUUGAACAAAGCAAGUCAGAAAUCAUUUCACUUCCUGGAGGAGAGAGAGCAGUCUUGACCCUCUCAUCUUACUUGAACCAGCCCCAGAGGCCUUGACACCUACCCUUUUUUGCUGAUGAGAGUUGGCAUCCCCGGAGAGUGCCUGGUCCUGCUUAUCUGCACAGCUGGGCCCUGUUGGGAGUGGUAACGUGAGCAGGAGGCAAGACAUCUUGGACAGGCUCAGCGCAUGUCAGGUCAGGAAAACCUCCUCAACAAGAUGGCUUAGUGCCUGCAUUCUCCAGAGACCACGGAGCCAGAGGGAACCUUCAGGCUCAGCAA